AUGUCGGCUGCCGCGGCGGUAGGCCGAGAUGAAGACAUCACUGCAACACAGCGCAUGGUCUCAGCUACAUGGGUCCUCGACACAGGCACCGGCUCCAACCACAUCGUCGAAAUUCCACGCCUAUGGCUCGAGCUUCAAGCAUUGCCGCCCAACCUUGGAAUUAGCGCAUGCUGUAGAGACGUCUUCUGGGUUGACAACAAUGCCCAAUUUUGCCUCGCCGGCAACGGCCAUGGCCCUGUUCCAGCAGGAGCCAUUCCGGCCGACUGUGCCAUAGAAGCGUCAGAGAAGAAAGUGUUUCGCUCAACAUACGAUGGCCUGAAGAAGAUCGCCCGACACGAAGGUCCAACCACGUUAUGGCGCGGUAUGACACCCACCCUCAUGAUGGCCAUCCCCGGCAACGUCAUCUACUUCACUGGCUACGACUGGCUCCGCUACAGUCCUGCCAGCCCCAUCCGCAAGAUCACGAAUGACACCUACGCCCCUCUGUUUGCUGGCUCCUCCGCCCGCGUCCUAGCGGGCAUCGCCGUCUCACCUCUCGAAAUGUUCCGCACACGAAUGCAAGCCACCCCAGGCGGCACUACCGGGGUUUUUAAGGAGACGCUACAAGGCCUCUACCGCAUGACCCAAACCCAAGGCAUCACCUCCCUCUGGCGUGGCCUCGUCCUCACCAUGUGGCGCGACGUGCCUUUCUCUGCCAUCUACUGGUGGGGCUACGAAGCCACCAAGAACCAGCUCAUGGACGCCCGCGCUGCCCGCAAGGGCCACGACCUCUCCUCUAGUCGCGGUUUGACCACCGAUCGCCCCGCCCACAUUCACGACACCGACUCUAGCAUCCUCGUAGACAGCUUCAUCGCCGGGGCUGUCUCUGGCGGCGUGGCCGCAUUCGUCACAACGCCUUUCGACGUCGGCAAGACACGCCAACAGACCUAUCGGCAUGCUGGCGAUGACGCUCCGUCUGUACAGGCGGCUAAAGAGGCGGCCAAGAAGGGCAAAGUCGUGCCCGAGUUGCUCUCGAUGCCGCGGUUCCUUUACCACAUCUUCACUGAGGAAGGUGCCGCAGGGCUCUUCAAGGGCUGGAUCCCACGCACGCUGAAGGUCGCACCUGCUUGUGCGAUUAUGAUAUCUACCUAUGAGAUUGGAAAGCGUUGGGCUAAAGCUACAAACGCGAAGAAGAUUAGCGAUAAGGACAAGCUCGAGGCGGUAUGA